UGUAAUUGUCACCAUUAGACGUUUAUCUAAUUAGAAGAAAGUUUACGAGUGUUUUAAGUGGUAAAAACAAAAUGAAAAAUUCUCUAUGCUUACAAGCCUGUUUAUUGAUUUGUUUGGUUUGCACAAACAGAAGUAAAGUCUUUACAACAAUCGUAGAUUUAGAAGACCUUUUAGAAACUGAAGCCCUACUUAUUGACACUCUAGACGAUUAUAUCAAAGCCCACGAAAAAAAACUAGAUUUUCUGAAGAGAUAUUCCAAAAUUUACAAGAAUCAUUACAAUGAAGUUUCGAAAAACGAUCAAUUAUAUCUUGAAAAUCCUGUAAAUGCUUACAUUUUUUUCAAAAGACUGAUGAUUGAUUGGGAAAAAGUUGAAAAUCUGGUUGCCAAUAAUCAUGAGUUAGAAUGGUGGCCACGUAUAAAAAAUAUUAGAGAAAUAAAGAAAUUUCCUACUAAUAAAGACCUUAACGGUGCUAUAGUUGCAUUGACUCAUCUCCAAGACACCUACCGCCUGGACACCUCCUCCUUGGCUCGAGGCAAACUAAACGGAGUGAAAUACAGCUCGGAAUUGAGCGCUGCUGAUUGUUUUGACUUGGGUAUACACUUCUACAAGAUUGCGGAUUAUUAUCACACUCAAUUAUGGAUGAGAGAAGCCGACGCCAGACUCGAGAGAGAGGCUAACGAAACGGUAAACAGGAGCGAUAUAUUGGAAUAUUGGGCUUUUUCGACGUAUAAACAAGGUGAUGUUUCAUUAGCAUUGGAUGUUACGAACAAACUCUUAGAAAUACAGCCAACUCAUCAUCGAGCACUCGGAAACAAACUUCAGUACGAAUACAUGUUACAGAAAGAGGGAGAAAAAGACGACGUUGAAAUAGAAACUGAAAUGGAAUCUGAUUCUUAUAAUGGUGAAAUUUAUACACAAUUAUGCCGGGGGGAAAUCUCCCUCUCGAUGGAAAAAGCCUCUAAAUUGAAAUGUUUUUACUUAAGUGGAAACAACCAUUUCCUCAAAAUUGCUCCCUUCAAAGUUGAAGAAGCUCACCACAAACCUGACAUUAUCAUAUUUCACGAUGUCUUGGCCAAUAGUGAGAUUGCAACAAUAAAACGAAUGGCACUACCUAAGUUCAAGCCGGCUGUUUUCAAAAAUUCCAACACCAGCGAGCUAGAAAUCUUGCCAUACAGAAUUUGCAAAGUUGCAUGGCUCCAAGAUGAAGAACAUAAACACAUCUCUGAUGUAUCCCAAAGAGUCAGCGAUAUGACAGGACUAACAAUGUCAACAGCUGAAAAACUCCAAGUUGUCAGUUACGGAAUUGGCGGCCAUUAUGAACCACAUUAUGACUUUAGUAAAUCAUACUUCACCGAUGAUGAUAGAACCGCAACAGUACUUUUCUAUAUGAGUGACGUGAAGCAAGGUGGCGCCACUGUUUUUCCCAAUGUCCAAGUCUCGGUAUGGCCUAAAAAAGGCUCCGCUGCCCUCUGGUACAACCUCCAUCCUAGUGGGGAUGGUGAUAACAUGACGUUGCAUGGGGCAUGUCCAGUUUUAUAUGGCUCUAAAUGGAUUUCAACCAAGUGGAUCCACUACCGCGGACAAGAGUUUCUCAGACCUUGUACUUUAGAAAAAUCUAGUGAGGAAUUUUACUAAAAUAGUCUCUUUCUUACAAGUAUACGUUUAUUACUUUAAGAGGUUUUACAAAAUAAAACACACUGUGACUAGCUCAAAACAAAAAAUCCCUAUCGGUUAAAAUCAAGGGAAUAUAUGUGAUGGUUUUAUUUAGAUUUCAUUAUUUUUCUCUGCGGCUUUUUUACUAGCAAGUUUCAUGUAUAAAUUCGGACCUCCUUCUGAAGCUCUUCGAUAAGCAGUUGAUGGUAUUCCCGCCGUGAGACUAGAAGGACCGGAAGAGCCACCAGAAGCUAAGAUUUUUUCUUGGCUUUUAAAAUCAGCCCAUUGUGUUGACUGCAACAUUUUUCAUUACGUUGGUUUGCUAUUUUUGGGUUAGGAAAGGUGGCAAUCUGAUAUCUGGGUCCAUGCUUGCUACUUUUUCCAGGGUAGGGUAUAUCAAAGUAACAAACGAAUUAAAAUGGAAAACCUAACUAGUUCUAAAAUAAAUGGUUGCGUCAUAUGAUAAUUUUUAUUUCCAUUUAACA